CAACAGCUCAGUUAGCUAGCUGGCUGGCCACUUGAUUUUUAUACCCUUUUUUUUUUUUCCCUCUUCCUUCUCUUCUUCCUCGAGUUCUCUAGAGCCAGAGAACUCGUAACUUCUUUGAUUCUGAUUUCACAUUGAUUUUCCCGGCACCCACUUUGGAAGAUCUCAGGCGUGAGCUUGUUGGGUUUUUGUUUUUUUGGCAGUAUUUUUCCUAGAAAAUUUAUGUCAGCUCUUUGACUUGAGUACUGCAUUUGGCUGAAGAGAUCUAUAAUCUGAGGCCUGGUAGGUUCUGUCGUCUGUGUUUUCUGGGUUGCAGCCGUUUCAGUGAUUUUUGUACUUUUUUCUUCAAGUACAAGGCUUUUAACUUUACAGGUGAAUGGGUUGGGUCUGUUUCUUCUGCCAGACGCCAUUGAUUCUUGUGUAAAGCAAAUCAAAGUUAUGGUUUUUCUCUCCACAUGCUCUGUUUACGCGUGGCGGUUGGUGUGAUGCUGGUGUCAGAAUCAGAGAGUUCUAAAGCAGGGUCUGGUCUAGCAAGGUUUUCUCUCAAUUGGGUAUCUAUAAUUUUUGACGCAGAUCGACCGGAAGAAAAAAUCUGAGAAAUCUCUCCAAGAAUUACAGAGUAAAAGAUGAUGAGAAUGAAGACGAAGACAACAGGGGUGGCACUGUCAGAGUUGAAUGGAAGUUCUGGCAGUGGCGGACAUGAGUCGGGGCCAGCCGAGUGGGAGCUUAGACCAGGAGGAAUGUUGGUUCAGAAACGAAAUCCAGACUCUGAUCGGAACAUAGCCCCUCCACCGACAAUUAGAGUUAGGGUCAAAUAUGGGUCCAUUUACCAUGAAAUCAAUAUUAGCGCUCAAUCUUCCUUUGGGGACUUGAAGAAAAUGUUGGCUGGACCGACGGGUUUGCAUCAUCAAGAUCAGAAGCUGAUAUUCAAAGACAAGGAGAGGGACUCAAAGGCUUUUCUUGACAUGUCAGGGGUGAAGGACCGAUCGAAGAUGGUGUUAGUUGAGGACCCAAUUAGCCAAGAAAAGCGAUAUCUCGAGAUGCGACGAAAUGCAAAGAUGGAGAAGGCUUCAAAGUCCAUCUCUGAAAUCAGCUUGGAAGUAGAUAGGCUCGCUGGCCAGGUGUCGGCUCUUGAAUCAAUAAUCACCAAAGGUAAAAAAGUUGCAGAACAAGAUGUGCUUACUCUGAUUGAGCAACUGAUGAACCAAUUGCUUAAACUAGACGGAAUCAUGGGCGAUGGAGAUGUGAAAUUGCAGAGGAAAAUGCAGGUGAGGAGAGUGCAGAAGUGUGUUGAAACUCUGGAUAUAUUGAAAGCUAAAAACUCCACGCCUAGCAGCAAUGGAGGUCAGACUCCAAAGCAAGUUCAGCAGAAGCAUUCUAAUGGGCAUAGACAUGGAGCAAUCCAUCAACAGCCUCAAAGUCAUUACAGUGGAAAUGGGAAUUUGCUAACACCAAUUCAAGAGCAUCAACCAAGGCAUUCAGUUGGAUAUUCACCUUUACAUCAGCAAGGGCAACAACAACCAUCAAGGCAUUCAGCUUCAGGGCCAGUAGUUGUCACCACACAGUGGGAGACAUUCGAUUCUGCCCCGGCAUUGAUCCCAACCUCUUCGACAUCCAAAUCGGCCUCAGCCACCAAUCAUUCUGGCUAUCCUAAGUUUAAUUGGGAAUCGUUCGAGUAAGCCGGCCGCCACGUAUUGUUUGUGUGUGUGUGGAUGUGUUUUGAUAUUGUGUCUCCAAUGUGCUUGCUGUCUCUUCUACAUUCUUUUCUGUACUUAGAUGAAAAUGUUUCCAACCCCUUUUAAUCUUCUGCCAUUCAGUUCACCAGAAAUAAAUGGGGUUUACUACAACAGGGAUUUAUUAUCAAUCUUGAGUUCUGUUGUCCUUUGAAUUCAUUUUCCAUUUCUGUGGUUGUGUUUUUUCAUACUACAAAAUUGGCUGUCUAUCUGUAUAUUUGUUACUAGAGGAA